UCUAAUGAUGAAACAAUUAUUAAACUCGGUUAUCCCAAAAUAUCGUGAUUUGUCAGUGUCUCGUAGGUAAACUAUUUACCUCAGCCUUUUUCUUUGGCAAAUAACUGAUCUGCUUGCCACCGACAAAUCACGAGAUUUUGCUCAACUUCGUCCAGUAAUUGUCAAAAUUAUUUGUUCUUGACGAAAAUUACGACGUUGCCUGCGAUAUUAAGCAUUAAGACGAAUUGUGCUAGCCUCCUUCUCAAACAAUGAUUGCUAAUUUUGCUAAUUUUGAUAAUAUGCUAAUUUUGCUAAUUUGCAAUUUUUAUACGACAUUAAGGAUAAUAAAGCCCCCAUGGGGAGUGCUUAUGAAAUUUGUAUCGUAUUGUAAUAUGGGUGUUUUACCGGAGGACAUAAUUACCGCAAGCUACAUGUAAUCUGAAAACAUGUCUUAACACACAUUAGCUUCCAACCCCAAAAGGCAAUCUGAUUCUUCCUGCCAACUUUAACACGAUUGCUUCAACUGGUCAAGUUUGCAACCGCUAGGAAAACAAAAUUCCAGUGAUGUUAGUCGCAUAUUUUGGCUGCUUGUAAAACAAAGAAGAACCAUGACAACAAUUAAGAAGGUGGUACCUCUUAAAAGGAAAAAAAAAAAACAGUUAAAUAACACAAAGAGAACAUUCCAUAUAGAGUGUGCUUGACUCAGUAUCCAAUGAGAGUUACAGUGCGUUUACUGAAGCCGGGGCCACCCAAACAAUGAAAACCGAUGAGAUGGCAGAACUGAAACAAUAGAUUCCAAAAUUUUCAAAUCCAGCCAAUCAAAUGUCCCAUUUUCAAUUCCAGCCAAUCAAAUGUUCGGUACAAGACAAUGGAAUCUCAACUUGUUGGUUGUGGUGCUACAUUUUGUUUAAAAAAUGUUUCAUAAUCAAUAAUGUAUCAGACGGUGACAUGACAUUUUAGUAAUCGCAUUCGCCAAUCGUUGUGAGUUUCUUGACGUUUAAAUGUUUGAUCCAGAAAAACCUAAUACUAAUCGGAAGAAUCUGAAUUCGAAGGCUACUGAUGGCGGUUUUUUGACGAAACUCAAAGGCCUUAAGUCAAAACCCUUCAGCCUUAUUCAAAACAACUCCAUAACGACCCGGAAUCUUGUCGUUUCAGCUGCCACGUACGGUCUUGAGCGACUCUUAAACGGCAAAGCUUUCAACUGCCCUGAGGAGGGACACGAGCUGUACGGUUUUACUUUCCUUUUUGCCCCAUUAAUUAUUCUGUUCUGUAUAAACGUGCUGGUUAUCGGUGAAGUUUGGAAGUUGUCGUCGCGCAUGUACGUAAAACGCUAUAAAAGACAUGGAGAUUGUGUGGCGCGGCUUCUUCCUAGCCUUCUGAAAGCUUGUGUCGGGCCGGCAGUGUGGUUGAUCGUGGCCUUCCUAGACGAAGACUAUUUUCUUUGCGCCAUGCUCGGACCUGUUCCACGAAGAGGCAAUGAUACAUGGACAAGCGAGCGGGAAGGUGUCGAAUGGAGACAUAAAGUUGAAGAGUAUAAGAGUUUGUCUCACGUCCUGGCAUGGACUGUCUUAGUCGCACUUGUGGUUCUCGGAACUGCAUUGGUAAUCUUGAAGAAGUGUUUUCUAAAAGACAACCUUCUCAUGUUCAAUCGCUACGCGUAUGAAAGGCGAGAAGCCAUGAGCGCUAUGAAGGCUUUCACGGAGCGCAUGUCUCCUGGAGGGGAAUUCAUAUAUAAUGCCGCCUAUCUCGACAAAGAUCCCAAAACAGCCGAAUAUGGCGGCGAAGAGGAAAAGGUGAAGUAUUAUAAAGACGGAAUUCCAGAAAUAAUUGGACGAAACACAGUGGAGAAAUUGUUUGAAGGUUUUGAAGGCUCGGAUCAUAAGGGUGAAUGGCACUAUGUCAAGGCAUACGAAAAAUUCAAAGACAAGUACCCUCGGAUUGCCAGUGGCAGGCCCAAAGAUCCUUGGCGAGCAGUGCAGGGGGAUGAAACUGGAAACCAAGAGACUUCUUCGCCAAGUUCCGGGGAAAAUGAAAUGGGGAAGGGGGACGAAACUGAAAACCAAGAUAUUUCUUCGCCAAGUUCCGGGGAAAAUGAAAUGGGGAGGGGGGAUGAAACUGCAUGGAAACUGGCAAGAGAUUUCUUCGCCAAGUUCUGGGGAAAAUGAAAUGGAAAUGCAGCCCUUGAUUUCAUAGCCAUGAUAAUUCGGCAUGACAAAUUAAUCGAUAUAUGAAGGUGUUUUUUUUGUUUGUAUGAAAUAUACGAAAAAUUGUUGGUGUACGUGAUAGUCGGUGACAUCGCGGAAGUGAUCCAUUGUCAAAUUUUAGUUGAAAAAAUUAAACGUUAAGUGAAUCUUAAUUAUCCUACUUAUCGAAUUUCAAACUGAACCAAGCGUAACGUUUUGAUUGUUGUUUUUAUUGCUCUUUUGCUACAACGAAGGCUUGAAGUUCGAAACGUCAUUUAUUUUCUGAAUUUACUAGGGCGGGUUAUAAUUACUCGAAGUGUGAAAUUACAAUGGCCCUUUUCACUGAUACGGCGGGCCUUUUGAAUUCUGUUGUUUCAAAUAGCUAUUAUGGGAUGCUUAGGGGCAAAUGCAUACAAAAUGACCGCCGUAUCGGCGAAAACAUCUGGGAGGUCCUUCUUAACUACAGAUUUAGAGCAGUUGCUAAGGGACUGCAGAAGGCGAUAUUUAGAGGAAAACUAUUUUGGAGCGUUUUGGAGCGCUAAGUGGUGAAUUUUAUAUUGCGAAAUGUUUGCUUUUGAAAAACAUACAUGAUUAACUAGCGCACGUCCCAAACCGCGUGUUGGAAUUUUAAAUCCCUAAAACUUGGAAGAAAAGAGGAUGAGUUUCGAUUUUUCUGAUGAUUGAGAAAUAAGUUAGUCUACUUUAUGAUCGUAAACAUGGAAUUACUGUUUACAUUCAAAAGGGGGAAACCUACUGUAGAAAGACUGUUACUACAUAUAACUUUUCAAGUUGCUAUUGUAAGAUAGUUGUGUGUCGGUGUGUAGAUUCGUUGGUAUGCAGGCUACGUAAUUAUGCUAAGAAGCGAAUAUUUAAGGAGUUUUUCCGUUAGGGGUUGUCACUCCACGGCAUCUCCAUUUUUAUUUUGAUCACUUCAUUCUGGAAAUUUUGUUUUAUCCUAGGGCCGCUUAUGUUUGUUACAAUAACCUAUGCUAGGGCUGUUUAUGUCUGAUCAAUAAACGAGAUGCCCCCUCGAUCCUAUAUGACUGAUGUUUUCUUACUUGUACUAAGUUAGAAUUUUUUUGUUUUCGUCUCACUGUAUAGUGGUUAGACAACAAUGACUUUUAUGAUGAUGAGAGUUUCAUAAUACCCAUACGUAGCACUAAGUACGUGGACGUUCUUAAUCUAUUGCCUCUGAUUUAAAUUUCCGAAUUAGAUGCCUUUUGAGUUUUAGGGUUUUGUUUUAUUCUGGUCACGUGACUGGUCAAAUAUGGCCGUGAUUUCAAACUUUUGCAGGACUCUUCAAUGGAACAAACCUGAGCAAAUAACUUAUCCUUAGGAUGACUGGUUCUAAAAAUAUGGCGGUUAGAAACCUUCCUUAGCGACAACUUCAUGACCAAUUGGUAUUUAAGGGCCCCCUUAAAAAACCUUUGUAGGACGUUUUCGUUUUGAAAACCUUAAAAUUAACGACGUAACCAAUGCCACUCAGUGUGCAUGUAAGUAAGGUGACGUACGAAUAGUUAAACCAGUUAAGCAUGGUUCAGUUGAGGAUAAUUUUUCCUAGCCCUCUAAAUCUUAAUUUGUUAACCUUCACCUGUCCUCGAGCGACACUGACAGUUACGUAAAAGUUUGGUUUCUAGAAAAUUGACACUUUGGAUAAUACUUCUCGUAGAGUUUUUGGUGAGUAAUGUCGCAUCGAGGUAUCGUUGUGCAUUUGUAGUCGGGUUUUGUAUUAACCGAGAACCAUAAUGGGUUUGUUUUUCGUGUUAUAUCAUUUAAUCCUUUCUGGAAAUUUCCAAAUCUUGGAAAUUCGGCAUGGGAUUCUGUUGGGGUCAGUUUUUGUUCCAGGAUAUUUUGGGGUUUAGUUGGAAGCUUUAGGGAUUUUACGGGGUUAAUUUUUGAUUUUUGCCCCAAUUCGAUCAUCUCCGUCACUUGUAAUUCGGAGUACCCUUCACGGAGAUAUGUGACUUGGUUAUCCAAGGUGUCGGCGGAAGUUUUAAAAGCGUCCACCUUAUCCAUUUCCUCACGUGUUUCAGCUCUGUUUGCUUUCUAGCUUUUGUCUAACUGUUAGUUGGACAAAAAUGUAGUUUCCUUUUUAUGCUCUCUGGAUUUCGUUUUUCUGUUUAAGUAGCCAGUAAAUCAUUUGUUCGUACUAUCAUCUACUCCUUAUACAUGUAUCUUAAAAGUAAGGACAAUGGCUCUGUUGCUAGCACCAAAAUAAAACUGGCCUCAUUUUAGUUUCAUCCCUUGUCUCUUUUCUCUUUUCUUCCCCCCGAUGAGAGUUAAUAGUUAAUGAAGAUAAUGAAAACUCGCGACGUAUUCGGAGCGUCACCUUUUCAAAGCGGCAGACAAGAUGAUAUUUGAAAUGUAAACUGCCUUCGCUUCUAGUCAAAUGGCUUCUAAAAGGCUCAAAAAGACCCAGGGACACAGGUAAACAAAGUACACAUUUAUUUUACAUGAUUAUAAAUGAUUAUGUUAUUGCUGAUACAGUGUUCGGUUUCCCUGAGCCUAAACGGCAAACCCUUUAGGGCUGCACAUACCUAUAUAGCCCAUAUAAGGGAGUUCCUCCCCGGGGUCACUGAUAAGAGAUCACUAUUACAUAUGGGUCAAAAAGUCUAUUGCUCUUCAUGGUAACCGUUAACCCACUAACGUUCAAUGAACAGCCAAAAUUAGCGCCUUUAGCUGCCACAUCACGAUUUUUGGCUCAGUCCGUACCUCGCAGUCUCAGCACUCUAAUGUUUGUGAGUCUCACUCGAUGAAAUGCGAAUCGAUGUUAUUAUGUACGAACUGUUUACCUUAUCUUUAGGAAUUCUUUUUCCAACAGUUUCUUUGCAUUUUACAGCAACGAAGUUGUUUCAUCAAGUGAUAUCAGAAAAGAACGAAACAGAAAGCAUCGCAUCCAUAAUGUUGGUUAACUUGAAACUUUAACUUUAAAUCAUGUAGGUAGUUACGAAAUGUUACAUUUUGUGACGUCUUACAUGAAUCAGUACAAAAAUCGUAAACAAACUCUGGAGAGUGUGCAGUACGGACUGGAAAUUAUAUUAAACCGUAAUUAGUUAAUUAGAAAUAACUCUCUUAGCCGGCCGCGACCAAUGAAGCGUGUAUUAACACAGAGUAAUGGACAAAUACAGCAUUCUGAAAACUGCCUGACGACUGUACACUGUACAUAUUUAAUCAAUAAAGCAGGUAAAAAAAAAAAAAA